GAGCGAGGCGGCAUUGGCCGCGUGUUGGGGAGGGCACCUCCCCCGAUCCAUGGAUUUGGCGACCGCGCGCCAAAUCCAUGGAUCGCUAAUCCAUGGUUGCGCGCCCCCGACUGGGUUCUGAGGACCCAGACCCCCGACGUCGUGAUUUUGUUCAUGGCGUCGGCCCGCAGAAGUGUGGACCCCUUCCCCAGGGCCCGUGUUUCAUCCGGAGAGUCGCUCUUUGUCGGCCCCGAGGCCCGGCAAGGCCCCCCAGAGGCUGAACACGGGGAAAGGCCUCCCGUCGUGAUCUCUUCAUUACUCGAGGGGGUCUGGGGGUCAUCGGCCUUCGUGGACCAGAUGGCCGCGGAUGACGCCUUCGACGCGCCGCUCACGGAGGCGGGGGUGCGCCAGGCAGCCGAGGCGGGCGCCCGGGCGCAGGAGCUGGGCCUGCUGCUGGGCGUCGAGCUGGCCGUCGCCUCCCCGCUCUCCCGCGCCCUGGACACCGCGGACGCGCUGCUGCCGCCGUCGGGCCCCGACCGCGGUGGCCCACGCCGGGCGGUGCUGGAGGAGCUGCGAGAGAUCAACGGCCUGCUGCUGAACGCGAAGCGCAGGCCGCGGGCCGAGCUGGAGGCCGCGUACCCCCACUGGGAUUUCUCUGCGAUAUCGCCGCAGGACGACCUGUGGACGGAGGAGCUCGAGUCUCGGGAGUCGUGCGCGGCGCGGGGCCGCCAAGCCUUGGGCUGGAUCUGGGAAGCGGACGAGUCCGAGGUGCCAGCGGCCGCGGGGCCACAGCCCCCCCCUGAGGGCCACGGCGUGCCAUGUGCAGCUUAGGCACAGCGGUACCCAGGUUACCAGUCGAAGGAGACACGACGCCCUUGACGCAGGGCAGUCUGGCGAGGCUCCCCGAGCCCCCCGAAGGCCCCCCGCCCAUCAGGCCGCCGGAGUGACGACGGAGCAGACGGGGGGUAGGAGCAUCGCGCCGCAUCGCUGAUGCGUCGGCGGCGCGAUCCAGAGCCUGGUCUUCCCGUUCCUCCCGGUGUCGCCGCUGCAUCGCCGAUGCGGCGGGAUCCUCGGACCCCCCUCUGCGGCCCAGCGCAGCGCCAGCCUGGGUGGCCUCCACCCUCCACACGGUCCCCCCCCCCCCGGGGCCCUCCCGUCUGGCAGAAGCGGCA